UAUUCCGGCCGAAUUUUCAUGGCCGAACAAGAAGAGGUAGCCAAAAUCUGUGAAGAAUAUCAAAAAGUUGCUGAUAAGUAUGGCCUCUUUGAACGGAUGUUCAUACAAUUAUUUCUAGAAGAAGAAGUCGAGCUCUCUGUUCAUUUUGGUCUUGACAACCUCAAGGAGGAUGAGCUACGUAAAGACCAACGAUUUCGGACCCAUGUCGGAAAAUUCCAACGAUUCUUGACGGGUAUUAUGGAAAUGCUUUCGAAGGGUCCCGAUCAAGCAGAAAAUAUUGUGCAAGUACUUAGGUGA